UGUGUAUUUGUGUUGUGUCUGUAUUCCUACUCUCAUUAUUUGGCUUGAAUUUUUCACCUCUCUAUCUCUCUCCAUAUAUAUUUGUGUAUGUCUGUGGUGCGUAGGUGUGUACGCGCUCUUAUCGUAUCAUUUAGGUACAAAUGCGCUUAUCCACUUUAAAAACCCUGGAUAUGAUAUGAUUUUGAUUAUCUCAAAGUCGUCACAUGCCACCUCAUUCGCGCGCUCAUUUUAUCACAAAGGAGUAGAGAUUAAUGAAAAAACAGUGGUGUUCACUACGUGAGAGUGAGAGAUUGAAGUUUACUCGAAAAUAAAUCGGAUGAGGCGAUAAAUUUCAUCAUAGAAUAAAUUUAUUUGAUAAAAUCUUAUAGUGAUAUGGAUGACUUAUGAAGCAUAAUUUAUUGUAGCUCAUAGUCGUCAUCAUAUCAUAUCAAGGCACUCAUUCAAAUAACUACCAAACUUUGCUUAUAUGUAUAUAGUUCUAUUUUCAAUAGUUGGUUUGUAAGGAUUAUAUUUAUUUUUUGAGUUUGAUCACGGAUUGAUAUGACAACUGUUGAAAAUUAAUCUGAUGCUCGCUAGUGACUCGCUAUAGGACGGAGUUCCCUGGAGUUCUAGUGAGAAGUUUUGACCGGUGAGGGUUCAUCCACUCGGGAGUGGGGAUGGAUUUCCCAUCUAUGACAAUUUUUGGUGGUCGCGCUAAAAUCACCAAUUGGUAAAAGUUAGAAUUCAUGGACCGGUCAUUGAGGUGUCGAAUCUCAGUGGCUGAAUGGUAUACAACCAGAAGGUCCUGGAUUCGAAUCCCUUUAGUGGGUGCAGACUGUUGAUGAUUUCCAAAAUGUAGGUCUAUUAUUUCUUAUUGUUUGAUUUUAUUGUGGUAGUAAUACUUUCCAUAUUAUUGGCGUUGUAUUGGCGUUGCAUCAUUCCUAUUAUUCCACGACGUCCUAAGUGUGUAGAUUCGAUGAUCGAACGAUUCGGUGAUCAACGUCUCUCCCCUCCCCAUCUACCUAUACUACCUUUUAGGUAGCUCUACUCCACCCCAUUAUAUGACUGCGUAUCUGCUCAUUCAAUACAGUUGUUGAGAUUUCCUCUAAACUAUUUAUCUUCGUGUGGAUUAAUCAUUAUACGCUUAGCUAAAUUCUUAUGUUCUGAUAGUAUGGCUACCCAUCUCCCCCACACCACAGUUUACUAAUCUGACACAUCCAUGCAUUUGACCUCGUUUACAGUCAUUGCAAGGUAUUUUAUCCAAUUAGAGUUAUUUAGCCUAAAUAGCAUGUCUUUGAUUGAGUUUGUAUGUUUUUUUUUAUGAACGCCACUAUAAUUUCUGCUCUCUUAAGCGGAAAUUCAAACCGGUCUCUGUCUGCCUAUCCAAGGUGGGCACUGAAACAAAACUCCAUAAAACUUCAAGUACUCAGUCUACGCGAGAAUAAAAUUCAUACCCUACCAGCUAAACCUGGGAUUGGUCAGUUAACUCACUUGAUUACAUUAGAUGUUUCGCAUAAUCAUUUGGAACAAUUAUCAGAAAAAAUUGGUCAGUGUCAAAAAUUGUGUACCUUAAGCUUACAACAUAAUGAAUUGCGUUCAUUACCGAAUACAAUCGGUGAUUUAAAAAUGCUUGAAAAUAUCGGUCUAAGGUAUAAUCAUUUAGAAUCAUUGCCAGACUCAUUGGCACGUUGUACAAAUCUCUUAGAAUUAAAUAUUGAAGGCAAUAAUAUUUGGCAAUUACCGGAAGGGUUAUUAACACAUUUAAAGAAGAUCUCGUGUGUAACAUUGUCAAGAAAUUAUUUCAAUGUAUUCCCAUCCGGUGGUCCUCAACAAUUCACUUGUAUACAAUCACUUAAUAUGGAACAUAAUCAAAUCACUCGGAUACCAUUCGGUAUAUUUUCACGGGCAUCGAAUUUAACUAAAUUAAACUUGAAAGACAAUCAAAUCAGUGCUUUCCCACCAGAUAUCAAAAAACAUUUAAUCAAUUUAAAAGUUCUCAUAUUGAGUAAUAACCAAUUGAAACAUAUUCCAGUAACUAUAAGAGAAUUACAAAAGUUACAAGUUCUUGACUUGGAAGAGAAUCAUUUAGAAUCUUUACCUCCUGAUAUUGGUUACUUGGGCGAACUUCAACGCUUAAUUGUUCAGUCAAACAGACUUAUCAGUUUACCACGGGAAAUCGGUCGUUUGCACAACUUGGUUUAUUUGGCUGUGGGUGAAAAUGAUCUGCAGACUAUACCAAAUGAAAUAGGUGAUUUGCAUAAAUUGGAAACAUUAUAUUUGAAUAAUAAUUUGAAUUUACACGAUCUACCCACGGAAUUGGCUAUGUGUUGUAGCCUACAAAUGAUGUCUAUUGAAAAUUGCCCAUUGACACAAAUUCCUGUUGAAGUAGUGACUGGUGGUCCAUCACUUGUCAUUCAGUAUUUACGCUUACAAAGUUCUUUCAGUCAUAUAUGA